AUGUUCCCUGAGAAUUUCCCUGAAGAUGGCGUGUCUUUGAAUCGUAAAAAGAGCAGUUUUUGGAAAAGACUGAGUCAAGACUUUGGGCCUGAAAAGCCAAGGAGAUCAAGACAUGUGCCAAGUUAUUCAGUUUCUGAUUUUCCCAGCGAUUUGCAUCCAACACGAGCUGCUCCAGAGCCUCCUAAAGGAAGGCUUACCCAAUAUGCGCGUCGGUUCAGUAAUCGUGUAAAAACCCUGUUUUCCAAAAAUACUCCUCCUUCCAGUCAUUCAAGCCCAUCUUCUAUUACCUUCUUCCAAAACAAUAAUCAUCAUCGGCUUCCUGUACAGACAGAGAUUGUACCAUCACCAAGUGAUUUGGAUUGUAAUUAUCAGGUUCAUACACCCAAUAGAUUGAUUACGGAGAGAACAUUUACGAAAGGACAGCUUCCUAGAAAAAAAUCCUUUCAUAUUGGUCGUUCCCGUUCUUUGAAUAUUCGGCCUGAAUCUACCUCUAUUUCUUUCCCAUUACAUUUAUACAAAGAGGAUACAAGUGGGAGCAAUCCAAGAUUAGCACUUCAUACUCGGACUUCAGCAAGUUCUACUUUCUCCUCCGUACCAAGUACAUCCUUCGACAAUGAGUCACGGCAGUUUUCUCCAGUAGAAUGUCUGCACACAGUACCGAGUCGAAAAACGGAGGGCUAUGCGUCUAUUUUAAACCGAAGAAGCGCUCCUAAUUCCCCUUCUUCUCUGAACCUUGGUGAAUGGGACGCAACUCCCCUUGCUAAUAUUCAGGAAAGGUCUGCAGACUAA